CAGCGCACAUUGGCAAUGAGCGGAAGUCUUUCAGCGUGAGUGAGUGUGAGCCAGAGGGACAGAAGUGGGAGUUUGUCCCGUUCAACAAAAGUGACCCGUCAGGGAAAGUUGCCGGUGGGAAUUGAGUCAGCGCUGGUUAUCACAUCUAAACAAGCUCGACAAGAAUGGAGAUCGAGAAAGAAGUUAAAAAGAUAACCCUGGGCCAUGAGAUUGGAGCUGGAGCUGCCUGUCUGAAAUGCAAGGACAAAUGUGAAGGCUUUGAGCUUCACUUCUGGCGAAAGAUUUGUCGAAAUUGCAAGUGCGGCGUUGAGGACCAUGACGUGCAGCUCGAGACUGAGGAGAAUAAGAAGGUGGGGAAGCUUUUUGAGGACACCAAGUACACAGGCCUUAUAGCCAAGCUGAAGAGAGAUGGCAUCCCAUCUUAUAGAGGCAACCAAGUCACCAUCUGCAUCCCGGCCACCACCGUCAGUACUGCUACUCCUGUUCCUGCUGCCAGCUUUAUCCCCGGCUCCAGCCAGAUCUCUGCUCCCAGCGCCCAGCCUCCUUAUUCCCCACCUGCUGCUGCAGUUCACUCACCUGCUUCCACUGCUGCCCCAGGAACAGGCUCCACUGCUGCUCCAGGAACAGGCCGCACUGCUGGAUCAGGGCCAGGCCAUAGUGCGGUUUCGUCUGCUGCCACCCCAACUAAAGGCCCUAUUGCUGCCACUACUGUUGUUCCAUCCCCUACCCCAGUGCCUGCCAAAACGGAUGUGGUUAAGUCUGUUACCUAUGACUGGGCUCCACCUGGGAUCAACCAAAGCUUGGCUCUGCUAUACAUGGAGCUUCUGCCUCCGGAGCGGCGGCCCAUCGCUGGUACAGCGGGAGCGGAUUACCGUAAGAAACAGAUGGCCAAACAGCUCCCCGACCACGACCAAGACCCCGAGCGCUGCCACGAACUCUCGCCUGGUGAGGUUAAGCAAAUGCAGCAGUAUGUCCGCAAGUACAAGGACGAGGCAUUGGGCAUAGGCGACAUCACCCUGCCCGAGGAGAUGGGACAACAGGCAGGUAUGGCUGGGGAAAAGGGUCCUCAAGGCCUCGGGGCAGGAGGGAAACCUGGUGCUGGAACAACAGGGACUCCUGGAGACAAAGGUGAUGCUAUUGCUACAAUGGGAAAAGUUGGUGCCCCGGGGGCUGCUGGGAUGUCUCCCACUGGACCUGUUGGUAACUAUUCAUGUCACCGCUGCCAGCUGCCCAUGAAGAAGGGUGAGCCGGCGGUGUACGCAGAGCGGGCAGGCUACGAUAAACUCUGGCACCCGGGGUGCUUUGUAUGCUGUACCUGCACCGAGCUACUGGUGGACAUGAUCUAUUUCUGGAAGAAGGAUCAGCUGUACUGUGGCCGCCAUUAUGGAGACAGCGAAAAGCCUCGAUGUGCAGGUUGCGAUGAGCUCAUCUUCAGUAAUGAGUACACCCAGGCUGAGGGCCACAAUUGGCACCUGAAGCACUUCUGCUGUUUUGACUGUGACUGUGUGCUGGCUGGAGAGACCUACGUCAUGGAGAAAGAGAAGCCUGUUUGCAAACCCUGCUACAUGAAGAACCACGCUGUGUGUUGUGCGGCCUGUCAGAACCCCAUCGAGCCUGAGGCUCAGCGUGUGUCGUACGGAGAGCACCACUGGCACGCCGAACCCCAGUGCUUCCAGUGCUCCUGCUGCUCCAAGUGCCUUAUGGGCCAGCGCUUCAUGGCCAUGCAGGGCAUGCUGCUGUGCUCCGUGGAGUGCAAGAAGAAGAUCAUGGCCUCCUGAAGGAACAUCUAGGAUUAUUUUUUGGAAAAGUGCUUAGAGCACCCCAAGCCAGUUUCUCCCUAAUGCAGUACACAUCAUUUCUUCCAUCAUUUUAUUUUGACAAAUUAAUGUAUUUGUAUGACUAAUCUUAAUGUUAUUCCAAGUUGUUUUUGUGAAAUAAUAAGCAAUACGGUGGAGCAGCGGCUGAAUAAGUGUUGUGUCUGUGAUUCUUUAUUAUUAAUGAUUUAGUAUUAAUAAACAGAAGCUAUGAUGGCUUUUGUUCUUCGGCUACUGAAAAAUCGAUUUUACUCUCAUUUUUUGCCUUUAUUUCUUAUGUCUAAAAUUGCACUUUAUUUUUUUUCCUCGUAGCUUUCACUUUGUAAUCCAAUAAAUGUUUUGCAGUAAUAUGAAUAGACUUUUUUCCCCAUGUGAAGUGGUUCAACUAUGUAUCCAAAUAUAUUAUGACGUACAAGUUUGGGAUCUCAAGGGACAGGUGUUACGCUUGAGUUAAUGUCUUGACCGUUUCACACCAUUGAAAAUUCCAAUCCAGGCCGGCACUUUUAGGGAAAAGUUAGCCCUCCGCGGCUUGUCUUACAUUUAGCUGUGGAAACUGGGCACAAUUCAAGGAAGCCCGGUUCCAUUGUCUCUAAUGGCGGCGAACUUAAGACUAUACCGUCAUUUCCUCCCAUCGUAAUGAUCCGCAGUCGCACGGGGGGCUCGGCUGUUUCACCUCCCCUCACCUCACGCCACACUAGGGUGGAGUUUUCCAGGAGGGAAUUCUUUCCUUCAGUUUCAGCCCCUCGCGCAGGAAUUUAUUUACGUGGUGCUUUCCCUGCCAAACACGAAGCACACUUACUUACACGCUUGCCUCCCCAGCACUUGUUUUCCCCAUGAGCACUAACGGUGUGAGAGAGAUGAUUGUUGAUUUGUAGCUCCCCGGGGUGAUGAAACCCAGAUGCAAAGCGUUGCUUCUGUUUAGUGAAACUAUAGCACAGGCCCCACACAUGAAGAGUCAAGACAGGACAGGGAGAUGAUCCAAAUCCCUGGAGGAUCCUACGAGUGACAGCAGAAAUGUGACAAAUAGGAUCCUGGGAUUAUACUCGUUACUCAAAAAACUGUUGAGAUUGUUUGUUACAGACACUUGAGAAAUGACAGUAUGGAAAAACAUGAAUGCCAGGGAUCUGCUUAUAUAUAUUCUGGCUAAAUAUGCAGUGGUGUUUUUCAGCUUGAGUUUUAAAGCGUUUGUUUUGCCAGACCCCCCUCCUCAUCGUGGUCAUGUUUAUCUGGCCUUUAGCUGAGAAAAUGUUCCUAGAUAAGCAAGUAUAAACUAAACUGGUUCAUUGUGUAGUGUAAUAUAAACCAUAUUAUUGUAAAAUAAUCUGGUGUUAGCACAUUAUAACAGGGCACAUGGCCACAUAAAUCAGAUAGUCAAAGAGAUAGAUGAAUAGAUGGACAGAUAAAAUUGUAGAUAGUCAAACAGAUAUGUACAUAUAUGGUAGGAUACCCUAGUGAAAAAUGUUUUAUUUGUAUUUGAUAUAAAUUUAUUUAAUGCUAAGUAUAUUAAAAAUACACUGCAAUUGUA